GAACGGUGGGUCGCGGACCAUUGUCUCGGACGUCCCUCAGAAACUUCAUCCACCGUCGCCGCCGAAGGCACUGAGUGGCUCGAGUGGCUCGAGCAGCCGAGGACCAUCUAGAGCAACCUCUCCACCGUCACCACCUCCAUCAGCACCUCCUCCGCUCCUCUCCUCCCCUCUCCCCGUAUCCUUGUCUGACCCCCUCACCUUCCCCCACACCCUGAUCCGUCCAGCGCGAGACUGCCCCCUGUGGCCUGGGAGUGGGAUGGACGUGAAGAAGGUGCGGGAGUACGUGGGCUGGCUGUACUACCAGUACCUGCUGGUCACGGGCAUCUACGUGCUGGAGCCCUGGGAGAAGAACAUCUUCAACGCCGUGCUCUUCACCGUGGUCGCCAUGGUGAUCUACACCUCCUACGUGUUCGUGCCCAUACACGUGCGCCUGGCGCUGCAGUUCUUCUCCGGCCUCUGCGGCGGACAACACGAGAGCACUAUGACCCUGAUGAACUGAGGGAGGACAGUGUGU